ACUGGCGGUGUUGGGCUUGGCAGUCCUUUAUCUGACCUCGUAUGGUGGCAGCCUCUCCUUCCGUUGUUGUGUCUGGCGCUGCACCGCCGGCUGUCAGGUCUGCCGUGGCCUCGACCAUUAUGUCCUCCAAGUGGGCGGCAGCGGCGGCCAGCUGCUUCUUGGUGAUUGGAAGCGUCACACGAGACCAGCGUGGGCUGUCUUCAGAUGUUGUUGCUGGUGGCGCUGCGGGCUGCGGUGCUUCCCAUAGGCGCUAGUGUGUGUCAGGGUGGUCUGGCAGUAAUGGUAGAUGGCCUUGCGGAUUGCCGUGUCUUCAGGCGCGUAUACACCAAGGACUGUAAGGGGCGUGCUGCCCCGUGUGCGGAUCUGAAUGUGAGACACAUAGCCGUGUAGGGUGACUGGAGGAGUGUGGUGGGUAACGCUAUUCAGGUUACUGUACCGUGUGGACACGGCAAUGGCGACGCCGGCGCUGCCUCUUUCCGUGGUGUUACGUGGAACAGAGCUGCAGUACAAGCGGUACCCUUCAUUCAUGAAGGCUCGCUUUAGUGGGUCGUGCCGGUGGCCAAGCUUAGUUUCAGUCAAAAUCACAAUAUCGGCGUUCCAGGCAGCAAGAUUGCAGAGUGUGAAGCUCAGGUUUCCCGGGGCACCUGCGGCUGUUACUUGUGAGAGUAGGCCCCGUACGUUGUGUGUGACAAGAUGUAGUGUGCGGGCCUGUGUUUGGUCAGGGCUAGGCUGUGCAGUAGUUGUGUCUUGCCGUGCUGUCGGUGCGGUUUGCUGUCGUUUGAAUAGGUCGGUGAGCGUGUUUGUGCGCCCUGUCCAGCGGGCCAGCGCUGUCCCAUUGGUGGCGGCGGCGGCGGCCAGGGCACGUAUGGUUUGUAUUUGGGCGGUUAUGUUUGGGGCGAGGCGUUGGGCAGCAUUUGUUGUGUUGUUUGGGCUUGUAGCAGUGUUCCUUUGUUCAGGUUGAGUGAUGUCUAUUUCAAUGGGGGCAUUUGUGCGGUCUGUUGGUGCUGCUGUGGGCAGUGGCCUUGCUUCUUGUGGAAAGAUGUUGUAGCAAGGGCCGAGUGUAUUGCGCACGGCCUCCAUGUCUACAGUGGAGACAGUGCCGAGGUAGUAAAUAUGGCCUUCCAUAGCACUCCAUCCAUCGUCUUCGAGGAGAGUGUUGUGGAGUGGUGUAUUUUCUGAAUCAACUAUGCGCCAUUGGCCUGCCUCAAGGCGGACUGCAUAGACAUGGGGCCGGCUAUUCAUGAGGACAUUGAAGCCAAGGCGGCGUGCCUCGCGUGGUAAUGCGGCGAGUACUGAGUCUUUGGAAUGAGGGGGAUCCCCUGGUGCGUCAAAAUGUGACACGGCGCAGCGCAUGACUAAACGUUUGUUGGGAAGUGCGUUUGCAUUCCCGAUUGUGGCGUUAUAGUAAAGGUAGUGGUUGAUGAUGCUCAUGUCAAACCUGCCUGCUUGUGUGUAGGCGUUCGCCCACCCGUCGCGGUUUGGAUGUUGCAUUUGGUUCAGUACAGCUGUUACUGCGUUGGCAUGUCUCAGCACAUCGAACGGAUCAAUCCAGGAGAAUCCUAGCAUGUUAUUUAUGGCAUGGAUGCCGCAGAAUCCGAGUUGCUGUGUCUGGCGGUAGCUUGUGUUUGAGAGGCCGGGGGGGUAAUGUAGUGGCCGUGGACGGGUCGGAUUGGUGGGUUGGGCUGUUGUUUGGCGGACAGCUGGCCGGGUCUCCCAGGCCCCCCGUAGGGGUGGUGACCUUGUGGGAUCCGGAAGUGGGGUGUGUGCCGUGGGGUGGGGUGCACUUGUGAGCCACAGGGCGGCCUGACCCAUGGAGGCCGAGCCGGUGACCAUAGUCGGAACCCAUGCUUGCAGGGCGGUGCCCGGCUGGUGGUCUGUGCAGAGAGACGGGAGGUGUGUGUACAUUGCACACAAGGUGAUUAGCAUGGCUACUGUGCCUAUGACGGCGUUUCUGUACGGCCAUAUGGCUGGUGCGUGCUGGCGGGCAAGGUGUGCGCUGUACAGGAGCAUUGCCAGGGCCAGAAUAGUGCCGUCAGUUGCAAUUGUUAGUGCGGCGAUCCCGAGUGGGAUGGCGGCUGCACUGUAGAAAAGCAUAAGGAAGCAGAGUGGAGUCAUAGCGAGGCUGAUGCAGAGCGGUCCAAUGAGUAGAGUGGUCAGCGCAGCCCCAUUGGCGUACAGCUCUGUUGCCGCUGUCGUUGUGUGUGUUUUCCUGCCAGCAGCACGUAGGUGCUUCAAGAGCAGGAAGGCAAGCGUGAUAGUAGCUAGUGCCGUUGUGCCAAUUAUGAGAGCAUUCAGCGUAAGUCGUGUGCACGCCGCUGCCCAUACUAGGAAUUGCUUUAGGGGGGUGGAGAGUCGGCUGCAUGUGGCAAGGAAUAGCUUCAGCGUCAGUGAAUGCCCUUGGUAUGCAGCUCGCACCAGCCCGUUUCCCAUCCAAUGUGCUAGGGUUAUCAUCGAGA